AUCUUUUUUCGUCUCUAGUACAUGAUACCGUAUUGGUUCAAUAACAUUGCGCUCGGUAUCGGUCGCGGCGGCUGUCCGUAUCCGCCGCUUGAGCUCAUGCAGCCCCACAACUAGUGCUUCCUGACCAUCCUUACUACAUGGGGCGCAAAAGGUGCUCCUUCUCAACCGCCGCAGCACCACCGCUGCUGCAUGCCGGUCUUUGUGACCAAGGUCGCCCGGUACCGUUACUCUCCACGUCCACUCCACCCUGCUCCAUCAGCAACAGUACCAGCACUGCUGCUGCAGGCAUCAGCCACCCCAGCAGCAGCAACAGCAGCAGCUGGGGGAGCCGCGCUCACCGUACCGACGAUGGCCCCGGCGGAAGGUCCCUCACAGCGGCCGCCCCUCCCUCCGCUGCUGUAACCCCCCUGCUGAUACCUGCGGCGGGCGCGGUGGGGUUCCCGACAGUGGCGAGAACCGCAGCAGGAGCAGCCCCAGCAGCAGGAGCAGCAGCAGGAGCAGCAGCAGGAGCAGCAGCAGGAGCAGCAGCAGGAGCAGCAGCAGGAGCAGCGGCGACUGGGUUCCCCUCGGAAUGGUGGGUUUGGACGCUCCAGCCAGAGAGGAGCAGCGGCAGCAGCUGCAACAAAGGCAACUGUACGACGACAGCUGUACGUACAACACCACCAGCAGCAGCAGCAACAGCGCUGACAAGUACGGCAGCAAGUACGGCAAUGGCGGCUGCGAGGUGGCCUUGGCAGCGGUUGCAUGCUGGCGGCGGUAGCAGCGGCGGUAGCAGCGGUGGUGGUGGUGGUGGAGGGGGGAGUUGGGCAACGCCGUUGCCUUCAUCGUCACAGCAGCAGCACCAGCAGCCCCAGCAGCGGAGGAGGCAGCAGCAGCAGCUGUCGCAUGGAGGCUCCGGCGGCUGCAGCAGGACCAUGUUGCUAGCGAGCCUCACCACCUCGGCAGUAGCAGCUGCGGCUGCUGCUGCGACUGCUGCAGCUUCAACGCCCGCCGCUUUGGGGAAACCCACAUUGGACCGCAGCAGCAGCAGUGGCGGCGGCAGCAGCCUAGGUGGUGGAGGAGGAGGCCUGCCAAUCCCUGGUUCCGUUGGAAGUCAGGGGGCCGUGGGGGCUGCUGGCGGUGGCGGUGGCGGUGGCGGAGGUAUUGUUGUACGACACGGCUUCCACCUACCUCAGCUAAGCAUCAUGCGGCUGCCGCCUCCCUUCACCGCGCCCUCCUUCGCGGCGGAUCAGGACCUAGCGCAGGAGCUGCUGGACUAUCACACCGCGAAACAUGGGGCCUACCCCCGGCCCUGCCCCCUCUGCAACUCAGCCGACUUCAUGACUCGGAACCCCCAGCCCCCUGCGACAUCCACAUCCCCCACACCUCCUCCUCCUUCUUCUUCAACCACCCCCUCGGCUGCCACCGGCACCAGCAACCCCACCACCACUACCACGAGCAGCACCACUAGCAACCAAAGCAGCAGCAGUGGCAGCAACCCCGCCACCAGCCCCAGCCCCAGUGCUGCGGUGGUGUGUUGGGCAAGCCGGCCUCUGGCCUGCGACACGUGCGGCCGCUGGGUGCAUCUGGGGUGUGCGGGGGUGGGGCGGGCGGAGCAGGUGCCGCCGCGGCCCUGGUUCCACUGCGGGGAGUGCAGGGACACCUACCUGCGACUGGAGGCUGCUGCGGAGCGCAACCCGCACCCCUCCCGCGCCUCCCCCGCACACUCGCUCUUCCUGCUUACGCCCGCCGAUGUGUCGGCGGCAGCGCUGGGGGCGGGCAGGCUCCGGGGUCCGGCGGGGGCGGUGGUGCCGCUGCUGGCGGAGGGAUUUAAUGAGGACGCGGUCAGGGGCUUCGGGCAGGCCUCUCGCGAGUACGACGGCGGGCGUUACGCUGCCGUACUGGUUCACGCGGGCAGCGGCCCCGUGGCUGCCGCCAGCUUCAACCUGUUGGGUCCGCGCGAGGCGCAGCUGUGUCUGCUGGCCACUGCCGUACAGCACCGCAUGCAAGGCAAUGCGGGGGCUCUGGUGGCAGACCUGGAGUCCCUGCUGUCCUCAGCCGGUGUGCGGCGGCUGCUGGUGCAGGCCCGCCCCGCCGCGCUGGCCCCGCUGUGGCUGGGCCGCUGGGGCUACCGGCUGCUGGGGGCGGAGGAGGCGGCGGAGGCGCACCGGGGGGGGCUGCAGCUGGCGUACUACGACUGUGCGGUGGCGGAG